GUGCGGGUGGCUCCCGCCGGCUGGGAGCCUCGGAGUCUCCAGGGGCCGUGCCUGGAGGGCCGGCCGCGGCGGGGAGGGCCCGAGCGACCACUGUGCUGUUGGCCAUUCCGGAGGCCUCGGGCGCGGCGGGCGGCCAUCCGAUCUUGGCAUUUGAGAUGGCUUUUGAGUGCCAGUAAACAUGGAAAACGUUAAUGUAGAAGGUGCUGAGACUCCAGACCCAGAGCAUCCCUUUGAUUUUCCUGAACACUUUAACCAGCUUGAACUAUUGGAAACACAUAGACACCUCAUUCCUACUGGCGCUCACAGUCUCUGGGUGGGCAAUUCUGACGACGACGAAGAGCAAGAGCAAAGCGAAGAGUGGUAUCAACAGCAAGAAAAAUCAAUGGAAAACGAUCCAGGCAAAUUGCUUCUUUGGGCUGCUGAAAAAAAUCGGCUUUCUACAGUGCAGAGAAUACUCUCUGAGAAGGCCAGUCUUGUGAACACCAGGGAUGAAGAUCAGUACACCCCGCUCCAUCGAGCAGCCUAUGGCGGGCACCUGGACAUUGCUCGUGAGCUGAUCGCUCAUGGGGCGGAUGUGCACGCGGUCACUGUCGAUGGCUGGACACCCUUGCACAGCGCUUGUAAGUGGAAUAAUGCCAGCGUGGCUUCUUUCUUACUUCAGCACGACGCAGAUAUCAAUGCCCAGACAAAAGGCCUCUUGACCCCCUUGCAUCUUGCUGCCGGAAACAAAGACAGCAGAGACACUCUUGAACUCCUCCUUAUGAACCGUUACAUCGAGCCAGGCCUGAAAAACAACCUGGAGGAAACUGCAUUUGACAUUGCCAAGAGGUCAAGUAUCUACCAUUACCUCUUUGAAGUCGUGGAAGGCUGCACAAAUUCUUCACCUCAAUCUUAAGGGUCUAGUAACGUUCCUAAGUGUCUAAGUAGUAGUGCCUCCUUUGUGUGAAAUGUAAAGUGUUCCCCUAAUGCAAACUUG